GAUGGAUGGAUGGAUGAAAGUAAUAAUAACAUUUUCAUAUUUCCAGACAUAAUCAAAUUAAGACUGAACCAAAAUGGCCACCAGCUGCGCUGACCCGCCCGUCCUGACAGAGCAGGAGGAGCUGCAGAGGAGAGCCAAUCAAGUUACAGAUGAAUCCCUUGAAAGCACCAGGCGGAUGGUUCAGCUGAUGGAGGAGAGCAAAGAUGUUGGCAUCAGAACUGUGGUGAUGUUAGAUGAACAAGGAGAGCAGCUGGAGAGGAUUGAGGAAGGCAUGGACUCCAUCAACAGGGACAUGAGGGAGGCAGAGAAGAACCUGACAGACAUGGCUCAGUGCUGCGGCUUGUGCAUAUGGCCGCUCAGGAAACUGAAAGCCUUUGAGGAGAGCGGGCCGUACAAGGCGGUUUGGGGCAGAGCCUCCAAUCAGGACGGGGUUGUAUCCGAUCAGCCUCCGACGUCUCGGGUUGUUGAUCAGCGAGAGCAAAUGGUGAUGAGUGGAGGAUACAUACGCAGGGUGACUAAUGAUGCUCGUGAGGAUGAGAUGGAGCAGAACCUGGCUCAUGUGGGGAGCAUCAUGGGGAAUCUAAAAAGCAUGGCUUUGGACAUCAGCAAUGAGCUGGAAUCGCAGGGUGGCCUGAUUUCUCGCAUUAACGAAAAGGCCAACGUUAAUGUUUCCCGCAUUGAAGCCGCCAACCAGAAGGCAAACAACCUGAUGAAGCGAUAGGAGCACAGGACUGAAUAAGUGAGGGACUGCCUUUGAUUCAAUGAGUCGAUGCAAUCAACUGAUUUUCCUUAGAUGGAAACUUUGACUCAAUUUGACUGUAUCAUCCCGUGAACUGUAAAGUGCCUUGAGAUGACAUCUGUUGUGAAUUGGCACUAUUAAAUAAAA